GUUGUACUUCUGCAGCAUUGGAAUUUGUGUUCUGCAUACGCCUUAGUCUUUAACUUUUACCACCACCAAAUCCUUGUAAAAUCGAAAAGUCCACAAAACACAGCCAUUAGGCUUUUUCUUAGAUAAUUUUUAGAACAGUGUUUUGUUUUUAAAGGACAACAUGGCUUCUUUUGGUGAAUUGUCUUUAUUGGGUGAGAUAUCUGUCUCCUCAAACGCUGAAAAAAAGGAUGAAUAUCGUUCCAGUGGUACUGUGGCUUUAGAGAACGGACAAGAAUCUUCAUCGUUCAUUGCAGUACAAAUUGAGAAACAUGGGAUUGAAAUCUAUAACUUGAAGGAAGAGCGUCUGUUUGCAUCUUGUCCGCUGCCUGAAAAAACUGUUUUCUCUUGUAAGCCUAUGUACUUACACGAGGGAAAUUCCCAUUACAUCUGGGCCUGUACAUCUUCUGCACGAAGUAAGGGAGAAUGGAAGUUGUUAAGCUGGAAAUAUAAUGACCUUAAAGAGCAUGGUGAGGUACGCUUUCGGGAUUUAUUAAAUAAACCUGUUUUUUCUAUACACUUUAUUCCAUCAUCUGGACAGCUCGUUCUGGUUUUUGUUAAUGGAGAAAUUUCUUUUCUUGAUCCAGAAGAUGAUUUGAUUCAAACUUCCGCUUCUAUUAAAGGGAAUGCUACUUUGGUGAAAACGGGCAGCGUCUCAAACCACGUUGAGAAGGAUAUUAUAAGUAAUUCGACCUCAGAGGAUAAGUCUGCAGUCGUGGAUGGAACUGGUAAAGAUCAGUCCGGAGAAGAUUUGUCGCCUUCUUCCCUCAGUUCUUUGUCGACUACUACAAAUAUUUAUCUCCUGUAUGCACUUAGCGUUGAAAAGAUUAAACAGUUUUAUAUGAGUGUCUUCUCUACGUCAGAAAAACGCAUACUUUUUACGAAGCCAAUUGAACUAGACUCUUCUACUUCUCCUGCCCAUGUUCUGCUUACUAAAAACUGUGAAAAGGUAUUCGGUUUCUUUUCCAACAGUGUUUUCGUUUAUGCUUCCAAUGAAUCCACCAGUUCUUAUCAACGUGAAAAAUCGUUUCAGUUGGAGAAUAUUCCGGCUUUAUCUAAUGUACAUUUAAUUCUUGAUAAAUUUUGUCUGGUACAAACAAAAAGCCAGGUUUCCUUAUGGGAUUUGACAUAUGGUACAAUUCAGGACGUUCUUGACACUGGUAAUGAUACUACUUUCAUAACAGUGACCAUAAAUAAGAACCCUUCUAAAAGAAGCAGCCUUAAGUUAAAUUCUACUGUGUCUGGAAAUAUCAUACUAUUACAGAAGAAGACUAUUGCAUCUGUUCCAUUUACGAUGCCGUCUGUUAUGUCUCUUGCGGACGCCAUUGGAAAGAGAAAAUCAAAGAUCGGUAAAAUUUUAACAAAACCCGAAACUAUAGCUGACGGCGCCCUUACAAAAUCAAAAAGCAGUGUCACUUUGUGCGAACAAUUAUUAAAGAAUGUGCAACUUCAAGAUCAUUCUCUAAGAGAUGAGUUGCAUCAACUCCAUACAUAUGUCCAAAAUCAAGACGGUGAAUCCUUUGAUGUUAAGUUUUUGAAGUUUGUUGAAGGAUUUCAAGUCCAAAACUCUACUAACCGAAAGCUGUUAAAAACAAAUAGUGUUCUUCCUAUUCCGUUCGUCCAUGCUAUCGAAAGUAUUCUCUUUUCAUCCAACGAAGAGCAAGACCUAGAUCUCUUGUGUCCGGCUAAAGCUACUUUAAAUUAUCUCUUAAGAAACCGCUUGUUCACUUCUUCUAUUUUAAGGCUUCAUCCUUCGAGAUCUCUUUUCAAUUGUAUCUACAAAUUUCAAAAGGAAUCGGCAUUAUUGCUUUUAGAGCGAACUCUUGAUCUUCCUGCUUUUGAGGUUGGUUGUGCCAUAAAGAAAGCUUUAGCCACCAUGAAGACAAAACUUUUAAAAAUCGGUUUAUUAAGACUCUCUCAGUUUGACUGUGUGGAAGCCCAGGAAGCAUUGCUGCUUACUUUAGGUCAGGAAGAUUUUGAUUUACUAUUCAAGCUAAUUUGCGCUUCUAUUACUGGUAAAAAAACAUCAGUUCCUUUGAAUCUUGAUGUUGAAAUCCUUAUUUAUGUUGCUUCCAUUGUCUUGGAUGCUAUGGGCGUUGGUGGUAUUGCUGCUAGUACGGAUAAUUUAACUACUGCUCAAGAAUUAUAUUCAGGCUUACAAUCGAAAAUCACUUCACUCACAGCAAUGUCUCUUGCUCUCCCUGCUGUCUCUGAACUCAUAAAGCAUAAGAAGAAGGCUAUAGCUGAAAAAACUUUUGUUCACCCUAACCCUCAACCAAAGGCUGUUGUUGAUGAUAAAGCCGACUUAGCAACACUUUUGAAGAAAGAUGGCUUGGCUGAGCAAAGAAAGAACAAGAGUCAAAGAGCUCGUGGUAGAGAGCUUGAUAUAACUAUAGGAAGAUAUACAAUUGAGCGCCUAGAAAUCUAACUAGCAAGCUAGUAAAAAAAAAAUAUAGUGUUUAAUAAUUAGGGUGUAUUUGGAAUAAAAUUUUGACUGUUUAAUGGGAGAAACGUGG